CUUGCGUGUGGUUUUCCCUCAAACUUUCAGAAUAUCAUUAACAAUUAAUUUCCUAAUGCCUUAUAAUAAUAUUUAGAGACGGAAUUUAAAUUAUUGUAUUUUGAUGUUUUUGUCAUUUGUCUCUCCGAUAUGGAAGGGAAAGCAUUGAUUCUUACAUUGGUGUUUGCUGUUGCUAAUAGUCGUGUGUAUUAUGGAAAAGACCGUCCUGACAGUAUUUUUGGCACGCUGCCACAUAUGUUGCACGACAUGAUCAAAGGGCACCGCAAUGUACUUGGAAAUAAUUACAAUCAGCAACCAGAUACAAAUAAUUUCAAUUCCGAUCCCUAUGGGAGCCGAUUGAAUUCAGGAUAUCAAAAUUACAUGGGAAACCAAGAAUCAGGACAUAGUGGUUAUAAUAUACCAAACCAUCAAGGACUUCCACAUUCGGAACUUAAUGAACCUUCAGAAGGGCUAAGAGCAGGUAAUCCAUCAAAUUCUUACACCGAUGAAAUUUCUACCACUCCUUUAACUAUCACGGAACCACAACAAGAAAUGCUUCAUUUAAGCACUAAUCCACCACUUGUUUUGAAUUCUUCUACGCCUAUGGAUUACAACAGCGACACGGUACAUUCUUCAAAUAUUAAAAGGGACAUUAACGGUUUGACCAAUAAUAACAAUAGACUAGAAACAGACGAUAGCACACCACGGCCAAACAAUAAAAAUAACAACACAAUGCACAUUGAAAAUGAUACAAGUCUAAAUAUAGAACCACCGCUUAAUAAAGAAAAGGAAUAUGUAAGGGUAAAUAAACCGCGAAAUCCUAAUGCAAUCGUUUUUCCAGAUAACAUGGAAGAGAUAAAAAGAGAGGUACCAGGGAAACAUAAUAGCAAUGCAUCCGAAAUACCAAACAGAUUCAAUGAUACGCCUCAAAUCUUAUAUGCAGUUAAUAUAGCUCCUUCUGAUACCAAUCAGUGGAAUCGUAAUCCUUCAGCUCCUUUGACUAAUGCCAUCACUCAAACUCCUUCCCUGACAAAUACCCAAACAUUUAUCCAAACUCCUAACCAAGCUCCAUACGCAACACUUAUAACUCCAAACCAAACUCCAUUAAUUAAUAAAGUGGCUGAACCGAAUCCAUUCGGGAACAGCAUAGUCUUACCGAAUGCAAAUGGUGGUUCCUCUGUAUAUACAAUCGUAAACCUUCCCAACACCAUCGCUAAUGCUGAUAUUCCAAGCCAAAUGUUCCAAUCCACUGAUGUAAUUUCAAACCCUUCUAAUUAUCAAGUACAAAACUCGAUUCCAACAGCCAAUAGUGGAAUAAUAAACGGAAUGCCAACCUAUUAUGUUGUAUCUGUACCCAAUCAAUCCCCACAAACUAUACAAACAAGUGUACCGUACACAAACGCGCCGGUCAGGUAUAGCGUCGGUUAUAUUUCUAGUAAUGGUCAAACCGUGUUAGUGCCAAGUUCUCCAACUGUUUAUCAAAUAAUUCCUCAGACUUUUGUGCCCAUCAGUCAAAGUAAUGUGCAAAGUGCUUACGUGCCAGUAUCCAGUGGCCAACCAAAUGUGAUCGCACAGCCGUUGACAAAUCAAGGAAAUACCGCUGUUACUUAUGUACCCGUGUCUAAUUCGGUUACUACUGGGCAACAGACUUAUAUGACAGUUCCAAAUUCUCAAGGAAACGUACCUAACUCCCAGAUCAACUAUGUCCCAGUGACAAAUGGACAAGGAAAUAUGGCAAGUCAACCGAAUUACGUAACCGUAUCUAAUGGGCAGGGAAAUACUGGGACACAAAUAAAUGUAGUACCGUCUGCUCAAGAAAAUACUCAAAUCAACUACGUGCCAGUGUCAAGUGGUCAAGAGAAUUCGGGAAGUCAACCAAACUACGUAACUGUAACAAGUGGACAGGGGAAUACAGGAAGCCAGCUUAAUUUAGUUCCGGUUACAAAUAGUCAGGGGAAUACACAAAACUAUGUGCCAGUGUCAAGUGAUCAAAGUAACGUGGUAACGCUAACGUCAGCGCCAUCGGAGACCAUGGUUUUGCCGGCAGAUACUCAAUCUGUGACGUUAUUGAGUUUUAAAGAUAAAGACGAAGAAAAACCAAAGAAAAAGCCGUCUAAGAAGAAGUCCAAAAAGAAGUAGUUCUUAUGUGAAAAUGUGCGGGUGAAGUUCUCGUAGCUUUUUUGUUUAUAAAGUUGACAUAAUAAGUUUAAAAAUUUAUGACAAGUAUACGUGUGAUAAUUCAUUUAUUUAUAAAACUUCAUGUAACGUUAUCUCUAAACUCUAAUCUAAUUUCUGUCGUGAUCAAAAUGGGAAUAAAUCCCCAAGGAGCAAACGUGGAACAUAAGUGAUUUUUGCGACAGCAUUAUUUAUGACGACUGGGUUUUGCACUUAAAACGAUGGGCUUUCCUUAGGGAUGUUGUUUUUUUUUAUUUUGACACAAUUUCUUUCAACACAUUUUGCAAGCAUUUUUACAUUGUAUAGGAAGGUUUGAAGUUUUGUCCAAAUUUUGAUUUGGUCAACAUUAACGAACAAACGAACCUCAGUUAACUACUUGGUAUUCGUCGUGUAAAAUAAUAAUUCUUGAAUUAGUAAUAUUCUCAUAUCUUAAUUGUAAGAUUAAUGACGCAGUGUAAUUAUUAAUGUUAUUUUAAUUGAUUCUAAUAGCCAACAUAAUAGUAAAUGCUUAAGUAUCUAUAAAAUUAAAUAUAUUAUCUAUUACGAAGAAUAAUAUUUUAAUGUUAAAACAUUACGACUGUGGACAUGCACGAAAUAAAAACCAAUAAAAUACAAAUUUGUGCCUUUACUUCCAAAGACAGGCUCUCUUAGAUCGCCGAUACGUAGGUAUAACGAAAUUCAUAAUAUAUUUUUUAAUAUAUCUCGAUCUUGUCGAGUCGAAAAAAAUACCUAUCAAUGAUAGUAAAGUGACGUGUCAUCAAUUCAAAUUCUCUUUAAUAAUGUGUAGCAUGUAAUAUGUUGUAGUUCUGUGAAAUAAAUGGAUU